AUGGCCUCUGGUAUAUUGGAAUAUGACAAAGCCAAUGAGUGUUAUGAAAAAGCGUUGGAAAUUCGACAAAAAUCACUAGGUCCGGAACAUGUUAAUGUAGCUACUACUUUAGACAAUUUUGGUCAUGUUCAUUAUGAUACCAAUAAUUAUGCCAAAGCCAUAGAGUGUUUUGAAAAAGCGUUGGAAAUUCGACAAAAAUCACUUGGUCCUGAACAUGCGAAUGUAGCUUGGACUUUAAACAAUCUUGGUGUUGUUCAUUAUUAUACCAAUAAAUAUGCCAAAGCCAAAGAGUGUUUUGAAAAGGCGUUGGAAAUUCGACAAAAAUCACUUGGUCCUGAACAUGAUGACGUGGCUACGACUUUAAACAAUCUUGGUAAUGUGUACCAUUGUACUAAAGAAUAUGACAAAGCAAGAGAAUUUCACGAAAAAGCAUUGGAAAUUCAACAAAAAUCACUUGGCGCUCAACAUGUUGAUGUAGCUUGGACAUUAAAUUAUCUUGGUAAGGUGUACCGUCAUACAAAAGAAUAUGACAAAGCAAGAGAAUAUCACGAAAAAGCGUUGGAAAUUCGACAAAAAUCACUUGGUCCUGAGCAUGCUGACGUGGCUACUAUUUUAAACAUUCUUGGUAUUGUUCAUUAUGAUACCAAUAAAUAUGCCAAAGCCAAAGAGUGUUAUGAAAAAGCGUUGGAAAUUCGACAAAAAUUACUUGGUCCAGAACAUGUUGUUGUAGCUGCGACUUUUAACAAUCUUGGUAAUGUCUACCAUCGUACUAAAGAAUAUGACAAAGCAAGAGAAUUUCACGAAAAAGCGUUGGAAAUUCAACAAAAGUCACUUGGUCCUGAACAUGUUGACGUGGCUACUACUUUAAACAUUCUUGGUAAUGUUCAUUAUGAUACCAAUAAAUAUGCCAAAGCCAAAGAGUGUUAUGAAAAAGCGUUGGAAAUUCGACAAAAAUUACUUGGUCCAGAACAUGUUGUUGUAGCUGCGACUUUUAACAAUCUUGGUAAUGUCUACCAUCGUACUAAAGAAUAUGACAAAGCAAGAGAAUUUCACGAAAAAGCGUUGGAAAUUCAACAAAAAUCACUUGGUCCUGAACAUGUUGACGUGGCUACUACUUUAAACAUUCUUGGUAAUGUUCAUUAUGAUACCAAGAAAUAUGCCAAAGCCAAAGAGUGUUAUGAAAAAGCGUUGGAAAUUCGACAAAAAUCACUUGGUCCUGAACAUGAUGACGUGGCUACGACUUUAAACAAUCUUGGUAAUGUGUACCGUCAUACAAAAGAAUAUGACAAAGCAAGAGAAUAUCACGAAAAAGCGUUGGAAAUUCGACAAAAAUUACUUGGUCCAGAACAUGUUGUUGUAGCUGCGACUUUUAACAAUCUUGGUAAUGUCUACCAUCGUACUAAAGAAUAUGACAAAGCAAGAGAAUUUCACGAAAAAGCGUUGGCAAUUCGACAAAAAUCUGUAGAUCCUGAACAUGUUGAUUUAGCUACGACUUUGAACUCUCUUGGUAAUGUGUGUUAUGAGACCAACAAAUAUGCCAAAGCCAAAGAGUAUUAUGAAAAAGCCUUGGAAAUUCAACAAAAAUCAUUUGGUCAUGAGCAUGUUGAUGUAGCUUCGACUUUAAACUAUAUUGGUAAUUUGUAUCAUUCUACUAAAGAAAAUGUCAAAGCAAAAGAAUUUUAUAAAAGAGCGCAAGCAAUUCAAAAAAAAUCAGUUUCUUCGGAUCAUGUUGUUGUUACUGAAUCUUCGAACAAUAUUGAAAUUAACCAAAUUCUGCUAGAGAUUGCCCAAGAAAUUCCAGAUAUAUGGAAGAAUUUGGCAAUGUUUCUGAAGGUCAGAGAUGCGACAGUAAAUAGAAUUGAACUAAAUCAUCGUGACAUGAUCUGGCAAGGGUUUGAAAUGCUAAAGUUUUGGUUUGAAUCACAAGAAAAUAAGCAGUUGUGGUACGAACAACUUGCCGCUGCCCUUCGCAAGAUCGAGAAAAUUAGUUUGGCUAAAGACGUGGUUCACAAAGGUGAAAAUGUUGCUAAAUAAUGUUAAACUAAAAUUAAAAGGUCAUUUGUCCAUUUUUUAUAAUCGCCAUUUUCAUGUAAAACUCAGAAGCCAACAUUGGAUUGGUUAUAUUGAUUUACGCUUUAAUAAUAUACAUGAAAAAAAUUCUCAGUUCUCAUUGGUUAAGUAAGAGCAGUGCGAUUUAUUGUAAAUACCGGAGGAAAAAAAUAAGAAACACGGUGCAGAAAAAAGAAAAUACAGUGCAAUUUUUUUAAAAAAAAGUUGCUCUUCAUUGGUUAAUCAAACAAAGAACUGAUCUAAGAGCCAAUCAAAAUAAAACAUUUCAAAGGCGUGAAACAUAAAUUAAAGUAAGCAAAGCAAAUGCAAUGGCUGGCGCAAGUUUAAGUAAAUUUUCUUUGGUGAACAAGCUUACAACUUGCCGUUUGCAAGACAGUUUGGAAAAAAAAGAACACUGCCAACAGUAGUUACCUUGUUCUAGAUGCGUGUGUUAAAGCUAUAGUGUUAUGAAAACUAAUAUCCAAUGGAAUUGUAAUAUACGAGCCAGCCAGAAUUGAGAAUCUUUUUCAUGUAUAUUAAACCUUUAAUAACUGAGCUCGAGGUCUUUACGGAGAAAUAUCGGACCGAGUUCUUUUUGCACCAAACGAGAUCGUAGUAAAAUAAAGAUCGUGAAAGCGAGGUUAUUAAAAUGUUUGUUAUAUACGGCAUUAUUUGACCUGAAACAAAGCUUGCUUUCUUUCUCGUCCUAGCUGUUUUGUAAGGGUUGUAUUUCACUUUUCUAGUUUUUGUCAGUAAAAAUAAAUCAUUUUUAAUUUUGUAUCGUCUGUAUAAUUAAACUCUUUGUUUCAUUUUUU